GUAUAGCUUUCCUAACAACAGGUGGCCGGUCAACUUGUCAGAUGGGUCUUUUAAACCUAUUACGUAAGCUUAAGUCAAAACCAGAGCAAGAAAUCAGGAUUCUUCUUCUUGGUCUGGAUAAUGCAGGAAAGACAACAAUACUCAAACAUUUAGCGUCGGAAGACAUAUCACAAACAACUCCCACCCAGGGUUUUAACAUCAAAAGCGUUCAAUCUCAAGGAUUCAAACUGAACGUUUGGGAUAUUGGGGGACAAAGGAAAAUUAGACCAUACUGGAAGAACUAUUUUGAAAAUACAGAUAUAUUAAUUUACGUGAUAGACAGUGCGGAUAAGAAACGGUUUGAAGAAACCGGUGAGGAGCUUCUGGAACUUUUGUCAGAAGAUAAAUUAGCCGGUGUACCUUUAAUUAUAUUUGCCAAUAAGCAAGAUUUACUUACUGCUGAACCAGCAAAUAGAAUAUCAGAUGGACUUGGAUUGUUGACGAUUAGAGAUAGACCAUGGCAAAUUCAGGGGUGUUCUGCAAUGACAGGCAAUGGUGUACAGGAGGGAAUGGAAUGGGUUAUAAAGACGGUGAAUAGUCGUGGGAAAUUGAAAUAACCAAUUCAACAUACACUAAACAUACUCCUGCUCCUACCUUUAUUCUUCUAGAGUGAGAAAAAAUAAAUGUUGUUCCUUUGAAAUCCUAUUCUAUAUUACAACCAGUAUUGCAUAAUAACUCGUUUCUACUCAUCUUGUGGAAUGUUGAAACCUAAAAAAAAAGUCAUAGCAUCAAACCAAACUCAAUCUACUACAUGUACCACAAUGGUGAAACUUGACUUUUAAUCCAGAAUGAACCAGCAAAAAACAACGAAACUGUCUGAUUCGAUUCGAUUCGAUGAGUCCUUGUCAUUUUCUAGUUUUGCUGUGUUUCCACUUGUUCUUCUCUUCACAAACAGGGCGUAUUUAAUGUUUUCCCUUUUUAUUUUCACAUUCACAAUAUAUAUACUGAGAAAUACAUGUGAAUACAUUGCCAUGUGUACAUAGACUGUGUAUCACGAAUAAUAAAUGCUUUGAAC